UGAUUUUGCCCAAUGGAAUGGAUGACACAGCGGAAGAGUUAUUUUAGUACAAUAUCUGCUCCCAAAGGUCCAGACCCGCCCCUCCCGAUCGGUCACAACAAACCCCGAGAGCGCACCCAAGAGUCGGACUCCAACGUAGAGCCGCUCCGGUGCCCUCCGGUGGCGAUGGCCCACCACGCCAACAUCUCGGUGACGGAGAGCCAGUUUCGUUGUCCCAUCUGCCUGGACGUCCUCCAGGACCCGGUGUCCAUCCCGUGCGGGCACACCUACUGCAUGGCGUGCAUCAACGGCUACUGGGACCAGGCCGAGCCGCCGGCGCACUUCAGCUGCCCGCAGUGCCGCGAGGCGUUCAGCCCUCGGCCGGUGCUCCGCCGGAACACCGUCCUGGCCGAGGUGGUGGCCAAGCUCAAGCCGAGAGAAGCCUUCGCGUCGGAGCUCCACGCGCCGGAGCAAUACGUGGGCGCCGCGGGCCAGGUGCCGUGCGACUUCUGCCCGCCGGAGAGCAAGCUGGCGGCGGCCAAGUCGUGCCUGGUGUGCCUGGCCUCCUUCUGCGAGGCUCAUGUGCUGCCACACCGGGAGGUGGGAACCUUGCGGCGGCACAAGCUGGUGGCCGCCGUAGAGUGUCCCGCCGAGCGGUUGUGCGCGCAGCACCGCCUCGGACUGCAGCCGCGAACCGGGGGCGACGAGCCGGAGGAGGCCGCGGUGGAGUGGAGCGGAGAAUGUCUGCUGUGUGAGGCGGACCGGAAGGAGGUGCACCCCGGCGAGGCUCAGAGGGCCCGGAGACAGGUUCAGCUUCAGGAGUCCCAGAGGACAGUACAGGGCAAAAUCCGAAGCUGUGAGCGAGCGCUGGAGGAGUUCCAGCAGAGUUUGGAGUCCCUCAAGGUGUCGGCUUCGGCCGUUUUGGAAGACAGCGAGGCGCUUUUUGCCGACAUGGCGAUACGACUGGAGAAGACCAAGGCAGAGGUCCGAGCGUGCGUGGAAGCUCGAGAGCGAGCUUUGGUCAGUCGUGCCGAGCGAGACGCCGAGACUCUACGGAAAGAUCUGGAUGAACUGAGGAGGCGAGACCAGGAGAUUGAACGACUUCUUCGGAUGGAAGACAACGAACACUUUCUGCAGGCAGCGCCGAUGCUGUGCCUUCCCGUCCCAGCCGCCGCCCGGCCCUCGGUCACGUCCGGCCCAAACGCGGAGGCCUUCAGUGGUGCCAGGAAGGCCCUGGGGAGACUACGCAGCCGCCUGGAGGAUGUCUGCCGAGAGGAGGUGGACUCAAUCAACAGGGCGGGUGUUGUAAACGUGACUGCGGAGAACUUCAAGCCACCACACUCACCUCGACACUCGCGACAAGACGACGCGCAGGCGUUUCCGUCGUCGUUCUCGCUCUCCUCGUUGCCUCUACAGCCGGCCGACCAAAGGAUGAGGGCGGUCUUCCUCAGGUUCUCCUGUCAUCUGUCCUUGGACCCGGACACGGCCCACCCCACCCUGGUCCUGUUCGACGGUGACCAGGGUGCCCACUGCGGUGAAGAGCUUCAGUCGUACCCGACUCACCCUCAGCGCUUCGACUCUGUGGCUCAGGUCCUGUGCCGCGAGGGCCAGUUUGGCGGCCCAAGUUACUGGGAGAUAGAAUGGCGAGGCGGCGGAUGGAUCGACAUCGGCGCCACGUACAGGCGGAUCGGACGCAAGGGAGGCGGAAAACCGUGCCUUCUGGGCCGCAACGAGAACUCUUGGAGACUCCGCUGUACGCACACCGGUUACGCCGUCUGGCACGACAACCGCAAGACUACCGUGGCCGCGCCGCCAUGCCCGCGUAUUGGCGUCUUCCUGGAGCGCCACAAGGGGGCGCUUUCCUUCUACAGCGUGUCUGACAGCGUGGUGCUGCUGCACACGUUCAGAUGUUCCUUCUCGCAGCCCAUCUACCCGGCCUUCCGCCUGGACCUGGACUCCACUCUCCUCUUCUGUCCUCAUCCUCCGGGACACUAAACAGCAAAGAUGUUCUCCUGCUGUAAUAAUCUAAUUCUUAUUUUCCAAAUUACAGUGACCCCUCAAAUAUUUGCGGAUUGGCAUGUCUAUUACAAAAAUAUUGCUUUGGCGCCAUCUGGUAGCAUCUUGUUACCAAGCAACUAUUUUGGACUGAGGGGGAGGAGUUUCAUUUAACCUAGUCUAAUAGAAAAAAAGUGCUUUGGCACCAUCUUGUGGAAUCUAUAGCCAAUAUCUUCUUCCGUGCCCCAUUAGGGGUUGCCACAGCAUGUCCCUGUUUAUCUUAAACAAAUAUAACUUUUUAAAAAUAAUAGUAUGACUUUUUUUUUUUUUUUUUUUUUUUUUCAAAACAUUACAAAUUAUUUUCUCAAUUAAAUCGUUUUUGUUUUUUUGUUAAUACGACUUUACUAUUAGUCUUUCCAUUGAGAAAAAAAUACGAAUUUAUUCUUGGAAUUUCAUGACUUUUAUCAAGGAAAAAAAUACAACAUAUUUUGGGCAAAAAAAUAGAAGUUUAUCUGAAAAAAAAAGGAUUAAAAUUAUUUUAUUUUAUUUUAUUUUUUUCCAUAAACCUGGACCUGACUUCCACCCUGCUGCUGUGCACCUUGGAGGCGCUGACUCCGCGGUAUCCAUGAUGCCUUUGACUCGAACAAGAGUCCAUGUUGAGUCCAACAAGAGCUCCAUUCAAGCGUGCUCCAAAUGAUGAAUACCUUCUGCUUUUUUUAUUUGUUUGUUUUUUUCCACGACAUUUACUCCAAAAGGAUGAUACUCACAUUCAAUGCUGGAGCCUAGCGUCCCCAUUCACAUCAUCGAUGUGUUAUCCGUUUCUUUUUUUCAGUUUAUCAUUAAAAAAAUAUAUUUGUGGUUAAAAAAAAAAGUAUUUUUUUUCUAUUUAAAAAAAGUCCGAUGUUUUUACGCCUUAUUCCCCAAAAUAAGAUUAUUAUUAUUUUAACACAAAAAAAACCCACAUCUAACUUCUAAUCUUGUGACAUUAUUCUUUUUAGACUGACUUUAAACCUCGGCAAAAAUGCAACUAAAUUCUCAUGAGAUUUCAACAUAUUUACUUUAGAAAAUACACGAUUUUUAUUUCUUUGGGGAAAAAAACAUGACUUUGUUACAUAAAAACAACUUAAUUCUCACAACAAUUAUGGCCUGUUUUCUCAAAUAAUUUUUUUCCCCCUUGUAAGAUUACAAACUUUCUGUGCCUUAAUUCUCAUAAGAGUGACUGUUCUAUUUUCUGGAGACUACUUUCUUGUAAUAUUACAACUUUAUUCUUGGAAGAAAAAAAAAUCACUUUUUUUCUCAUAAAAUCGUGACUUUUUACCCUCUAAAAUACAAAUUCAAUUUAUGUUAUUUUACAACCCCGCAAACAAAAUAAAUUAAAAAAACUUCUUUCUUCUGAAAAACAGUACUUCCCCCCCCCCCCCCUCAUAAAAUUGGGAUUUUUCUUAUUAUUUGGGAAUUUUAAAUCUUGAAAAUUACAACUUUAAUCUCAUAAAACUAUUUUUGGUUCCUUAAAAUAUCAUCUGUAUUGCCACAGUUGAAGCCGGAACCAAUUAUUUCUAUUUUCAUUACUUCCUACAGGAGAUUUAGUUUUAAAUGGAUUGUGCUGGACAUUACAGGUUCCACUGGUUAAAAUUUUAAAAAAUGUAAAAAAUGAUCAACAAGCUCAGGGACAUCUAACGCUCUGGACACUGAGAUCGUGUGAUCGCGCACGGAGUGACGCCUUACAACCCCAAAACUGGAACUUAAACUGUUUAUCAAGUCUAUAUAUGCAUGAUGAAAUAGAGAAAUAUGCAAUUAUUACUCACGCAACAUUAGCAUUUACAUUCACUAGCCACUUCAUUAGAUACACCAUCAAAUGAGAUCCAGUGCGAGAUGUUAUUAAUAAUGGUAACGUUUGAAAGGUAUUAAUUGAACAAUGUGUUGAUUAUUGUGCUUGUAGUUUGCAGUGGCCCAAGUUAGCAACGCUUGAAACACCGUGAAGUGCAUUACUUUAACUAUCCUGAACUACCUUAUUUUUUCUUCAUACUUUGCGUCACAUCUCCCAUGUGCUGUAAAGUUUGUUGUAUGUAUCAAUGUUGUUGACAGCUUACAAUAAUAAUGAUAAAAUGAUCCAAAGAUG